CAAAUGUUGACUUUCUGAUCGUGGUAAACGUAAUGUUAACAACAGGGGAAACAUACAGGCCCUCUGAAGUACUUCUUUUUAAGUCACUAAAGCAACAGAAGUCAUGUGCAGUCUUAUAAGCCAAGACAACAGCGUAAAUUUAAAUACGGAUCCACGCGGUGGAAACAGGAUGAAACUCACCAGUGAAAAGUUGCCCAAAAACCCUUUCUCUCUGUCUCAGUAUGCUACUAAACAACACAAAUUCUUCCAGUGGAAGAAGGAAAAGCCUGAUUAUUACUGUCAUGCUAAUCUGGUGAAUACAGCAUUGCAGUACCUGAAAGAAAGAAUAAAAGGAGGGGAUGCUAUGGCGUAUUUUCUAAGAGGUCAACUCUAUUUUGAAGAGGGCUGGUAUGAAGAAGCCUUGGCACAGUUUGAAGAAAUCCAGGAGAACGAUCAUCAAGCGAUUUAUCAACUAGGCGUGAUGUAUUAUGACGGGCUGGGGACUGUCUCAAAUGCCGAAAAAGGAGUGAACUAUAUGAAGAAAAUCCUCGAUUCUCCAAGCCCCGAGACACUACACUUAAAAUUCGCUGCUGCUUACAACCUUGGAAGAGCUUAUUUUGAAGGGAGAGGUGUGAAACGAUCGGAUGAUGAAGCAGAGAGACUCUGGCUGUUUGCUGCAGACAAUGGAAACCCCAAAGCCAGUGUGAAGGCACAAAGUAUUCUGGGACUGUAUUAUUCAAUGAAAGAGCCCAAACAGUUAGAAAAGGCAUUUUUCUGGCAUUCGGAAGCUUGUGGCAAUGGGAAUCUGGAGUCCCAGGGUGCACUUGGUCUCAUGUACUUUUACGGUCAGGGAAUCCACCAGAACACGGAGGCCGCCCUGCAGUGCUUACGGGAAGCAGCGGAACGAGGGAAUGUCUACGCCCAGGGGACUCUCGUGGAGUACUAUUACAAGAUGAAGUUUUUUACCAAGUGUGUUGCGUUUUCCAAAAGGAUAGCGGACUACGAUGAGGUUCAUGACAUCCCCAUGAUAGCGCACGUCACGGACUGUCUCCCAGAGUUUAUCAGCAAAGGUAUGGCCAUGGCCUCUUUCUACUACGCACGGUGUCUCCAGCUUGGCUUGGGCAUCACGAAAGAUGAAGCAUCUGCCAGGCACUAUUACUCUAAGGCUUGCCGUCUGAACCCUGCGCUGGCAGAUGAGCUUCACUGCCUGCUUAUUCGCCAAAGGAUUUAGACCACAAUGCGUUUCAACAGAGACCGUCCAUCCUAACCGGAAACAGCGUGCACAUGCUCACAGCAGCUAUGGCUGUUGUUUUCUACACCCCCGUUCUAUUAUCCGGGGUAUU